GCAGGUUACAGAAGUAAACGUAUUUGUGUCUGGAUGAGUAGCAUAGCUAGAGGCAGCUGGCGAUAGGUUGGUCAUAAAAUGUGUAGCUACAGUACAAAGUGCGAAUGAUUAUUCUAGCACAUGUAGGCAAGCAGCUUCCUACUUAUCUGAUAACCAUGACUAGAAAUAAAUCCUGCAGGAAGGGUUAUAUGAACGCUAGCUAGCUAGCUAAACUAAACUAAGCUAGCUCUGAUAAUGACUGAGUCUCUAACACAGGUACCAGCGACAGAGCAGGUGUGUUAAGGUGUCCCUCAGUCAGAGUUUUAAAAAGCGUAGGACGUGAGCCGCUUUACGUUAUAAUACUAAGACCAUGGAUGUCUGACAAUAUCAGAAUAGUUUCGGGUAGAAAACUGAUGUUUCAGAUAAAGGGAAGGUGGAAAACCUGUAGGACCUGGACCCUGAGGACUGGGAUCUGAUUGCCUGUGUCCUACAUUGGGAUCUGAAUUCUUCUGUCCUACACUGUUGGCAGAUAUCUAAUGGUGUACCAUUAGUGACCAGUUCAUCAACAGCAGUUAGAAUCACAUAACUAAAAUGGUUAGCUAUUGAUCUAUAUUUCAAAUGCACAUCUAUUAGAUUCUGUACCCAAUGGGCAGCUACUUACGGGUGUAGACCAUGAGUCUGAGUGAGAAGAGGCCCAACAAGUGGUGGACUGAGUCAGACACAUUCGCCAUGCUCACCCUCAUCGAGCAGCUGGACCUGGUCCGCGAGCUGGACAAGAAGCGACAGCGCAAUGACUCGCACUUCCGCCGCUUGCGCCAGGCCCUGGCCAAACGCGACGUGCACUUCACCGUCAACCAGAUCCGCAACCGCUGGAAAAGCCUCAAGCACAAGUACCGGAAAAUCAAACUGGCGAGCUACCGCAGCCCUGCAGCGCGGCUCUCCGCCAUGGAGGCCUUCCGCUACUUUCGCAGGUUAGACCGCAUGCUGGCCUGCAGGUCCAGGGUGGGAGGCCCUGAAGAAGGAGGGCCGAGCGACGGCCGAGGCCCAGCAGGGGAGGCGGACGUGGAGGAUCACAUAAACAUUUUAGGUGAUGCUGGCCAGUGCUGUGCUCUAGCCCCUUGGCCUGCUGGAACAUCUUCACUUGAGUCUGAAACUGAGAGCAUUGCAGCUAAGCUAGAAGCCAGUGCUGAUGAGGGAAUGAACCCAGAGGACAUGGCCAACACUGAACCGUCUGGCUGGGCUGCCGGUGCCGAUGAGGUCAUGACACUGGGAUUGUCUGGAGAGUACCUCUACACUGUCAAGACUGAGCCCCAGGCAGAUCUUAGCCCAAGUCAUGUUUUACAUGGAAAUACAGAGGGCACUGGAAACAACAAAAACAAUUUUGCAGGCACGUCUGAGGACACCUGUGGCCUGAUUUUACAACAGCUCACCAUUCUGAACCAGCAGCUGGAGGAGCAGCUGGCUGAGCAGAAGGCCUUCCACUGUGGAAUGCUGGGCAUGAUGGACCGGCAGAUCGAGGUCCUGGAGCAACUCUCCAGCCUCACCUGCAAGCAGCAGCACCAGCCCACUCCGGAACCCAGCGAGAGUGACACUUCAGCCAGCCAGAAGGUCCAGGAAGCCCUGCUGCGCAUCCUCCAGGGUGUGGAGAGCCACCAGACACUCCAGCCUCGCCUUUCCAGACCCCCACCAGCGGAGCCCACCGCUCCCCCCUGGAGGGUUUCUCUCGUGGAGGUCCACAAAAGGUCACCUUCUGCUGAGGGGGAGGUGAGCAGUGAGGCUGAGGCCACCAGCAGACCAGGCUCCUCCAGCCUGCCACCUUCAGACCUGCUGUCCUCCUCUCCCAGGAAUGGUGCUUUGCAGAAUGGGCUCUGUUAGCACAUGUGAGUACGGGGGCACAUCCUGGGCAUUGAGAGGCCAAAAGGAAGAUGUUAUCUUCAGACUUUUUUUUUUUGUCCUUUUACAUUCACUAUAUUAUUUAGUUAUUAAAUAUGGCUGUGUGAAGAAUUAAGAAUUAGGUUCUUCAUAUACCUAGUUAUAUGACGAACUUCAUUAAAACUUUACUGUUAGCACUUCUUGUGGCCUACCUGCUAACAUGAGUAAAGAUAACUUCCAAAAUUCAUAAUUAAUUUAUACAUGUUGCUUAUUUUCAUUUUGAAUGACUUAGAAUUAGAAGAUCAUCAUGGAAUGAUAAUAGCCUCUUCAUUAUCUGUCAAUCACAGUAAGUCUCAGAAUAUUUGGUCUAUGAAGAAAACAAAAGUCAAUAAAUAUUAUGGAUUCUAUUUAUGGGUGCACAAAGACUGUUAUGUCUUAAGGGUAGCAUUACAAAAUGCAGAGCCCUUUCUGGCGAAUGCAUGUCGUGAGUGCUUCAUGAGAGUGGCGCUCAGGGAAACAGGAAGUCCAUGGAAAUUGGGGAGGGCAGAGGAGUGUUGCUAAGUUCAGGAAGUCGUGGGACUUUCCCAGUAGUUGUCUGAGAGCCACAUUUGUCUAGCACAACAUCUAAAACCCAUUGUGGUCUGAUAUUUUAACGAUGGCACAAAACAGACAUGCAAAUGUAUUUGUUAUUUUCAGUGCUAUAGCAGAGCCUGGUGCUGGCCCUCUCCCCUCACGCCCACAGUGCCCCUCACGCCCACAGCGCCCCUCAUGUCCUGUUGCAUGUUUUGCACGUGUUAAGUGUUUGUAAACAAGCCCCUUCCUGGUGUUUUCUUUGAGGGAGGGCAAGUUAAAAAAUGGACAGAAUGGUUAUACACUACUUAUGUAUUCAGCAAACAUCUCUCUGUAAAAAUGACAAAUCUAGUAAAAUUAAGGGGAGUAAAUGAUCACAUCAGUGUGAUAUGCUGAGAAACUGAACUCAGAUAUGCUGCUUUUUUCCUCUUUUUAUGGUUUGUAUACAAUAACAUCAACAGUACUUGAACAUGUAGAUAGUUAUUGUUAAAACUAGAACUGUUGUCAAUUACUUUGAGCACCUAAGAUCUUAGUAAAGAUUAUCUUAAGACUACAUUACUUAAUUUUUACACUAACACUUAAAUGUUUUAUUUAAAGUAUUUAUUUAUUAAAAUAAUUGUACCAAUGGCAAGAUUUGCUUUAGUACAGUCUGACAAACAUUUCUUACACCUUGCAGAAAGAAUACUUGGGUGACCCACUACUAAGAUGUUCACAAGGCAGCAGUUCCGUUACCUUCUACACUAUUUUCAAGUGACUUAUUCCCCUA